AUGGCAACGUUCAAAUCGAUAUGUGAAGACGCACUCAAGGAGAGAAAAGAAAAUAUCGGACUUGAGAGAGUUCUGGGUAGAGUAUUUGAUGAAUUGAUCACAGAAUUUAAGGCCAAGUUUAUUAAAAAAAUAUCCUUCCUUAUUCACGAAGCGAAGCAUAAUGACUCCACUUUGGAAAUUGCGCAAGGGGGGAUUCAAUAUAAACGGGGAAAAUAUGAAAUAAAGCAGAAGGAGUUAAAGGGAGGAAAAAGACACACAAAUGACACAUUGGGUAUUUACUUAAGCAGCUUCACAGAUUCAAAGAGGAAGAGUUUGUUCGAAAAAAUAAAGAAAGAGAUUGACGACCAAGAGGCGGACGAUGUCACCGAGGGGAGAAGCGCCAGGAACAGAUUAAUCACCAACGGAUUGACCACUUUAGGGGAGCGCAAGAUAUACGGCAUGAAUGAAAAAGUGAACCUGGAGGAUGAUGGGAAGAAAAGAGCAGACGAGGUGAGUGUGUUGGACAGAAAGGGUAGAACAGGAGGUAGCACACGAAAUGAGCUCUCCGAUAUGCAGAGUAAAGCCGGGAGUCGCAAGUCGGGCAAGAGUGCGCGCAGUAAGGACGCAGCUGGCGAUGGGGACGCGAAGGGGUUUGAGCAAUUUGGGAAAUUCGACAGAGUGGAGAAGAGGAAUAUGUCGGAGCAGCUGAGCACGUCAGACAUGUCCGAGAGGUCUCACAACACGCGCGCUUCACACAAGUCAAGGACAUCACGGGUGUCUGGUACUUCCCCUGCGUCAUGCACUUCUCGCACAUCGCGCACAUCGCGCAAGACGAAUCACCCCAAGGAAGAUCUUUGCACGCUGAACGGAGGGAGUAACAAAAAGGGGAAGGAUACCUACGAGAACAUCAUCAGCAAGUACACCAUUAAACGAUUAUUUUCUAAUAGACUGCACACAGACGAGAUGAGUGACACCCAUUGUGGCAUUGAUGAACACAGAGCAAACACACUUCGCAGUGCCCACAUUGACAAAGCGAGGAGAUACAUGCUCGAGCCAAAUGGCAGUGGUGCAAAGGGGGAAGCACAGUCAAGCAUAAGUAAUGAAUGGACGAAAGCGCAGGACAAGAAUUACAAAAUUGUGAAGAGAGAUUUUGACGAACGUUCGAAGAGGAGUGCCAAAUCGAAGGCAAACUCGUUAGGGUCGGAACAUGACCCACUUGACUUCCUCAUCGCAGCAGAGGAUAAUGAAAGGAAGAAGUUGCAGCAGAUGAGCGGGAGGUCACAUGGCAAUCGUAAUUUGCAGGACAAAGUGGAGAUGAAAUCGAACAAAGGGGACCCUACAAGCGUUGACAAAAGUGAGCAGUUAUUUUUUGAAGUCAUUAGGGGGAAAAGACGGAAGCAUCUCAAAGGCUUUGAAUGUGACGAUUGCAAAUCGUUUUAUGAAGAACUCUGUUCGGAUGGCUCCGAUGGAAGGAAAAAGUACAAACGAGGUGUGAAGCACCGACCGUGCAACAAGCAUGAGACUAGCAAACCUACCCUGAACGAACUUUUACUUAAAAAGGACAGAGGAAAGACAAGUGAAGGAGACAAUUACACAAGUCGCGUUAGCGAAUAUUUGAAUGGGAACUACACGAGUAGUACGCAGCCACAUACGGUUAAGUCAUUUGGCGAGAUGGCGCUGGUAAGCAGCUCAAGAUAUUUGAAGAGUCCUGAGGACAGUGUUGACAUGGAUUCUGGUAAGUACGCCGAAAACUGCAUUGACAAAUUUAUGAACAAGUUUGAAGUGAAGGCAGAGAAUGAUAAUAGCUUGGUGAAGAUGGACCAAGUGCAGGAGGAGGAGUUUUACGAAGUCGACGACGUGGAUGAUGCAGGGGAGGCGGAAGAGGCCGAAGAGAGACGGAAAGAAAAUAAGAAAAAAAAACUAAUUCAGUCUUUUUCGCGCCACAGGUAUCAUAGCAAAGUUAAUGAUUCGCCAAAAAAUUUCUGGAGCUUCGAUUUUUUUAAAUAA